UGGGCUUCCUAGAACAUAUAAAAAGCCACCUGAUGCCCCCACACUUAUACACACUACUAUACCACCCCACAUCCAGAGACAGCCAAGCCUCCCAGACUCCACCAUGAAGAUUGCCAUCACAAUGGCUGUUGUCAUGCUGUCGGUCUGCUGCAGCUCAGCUUCUUCAGACACCUGCCCGGGAUUUUUUCAAGUCCUUGAGUUCCUCUUCAUGGGCUCAGAGUCCAGUUAUGAGGCAGCCCUGAAGUUUUACAACCCUGGCUCAGACCUGCAAGAUUCAGGGACCCAGUUGAAGAAGCUGGUGGACACCCUCCCCCAGAAGACCAGAAUGAACAUCAUGAAACUCUCGGAGAUAAUCCUAACAAGCCCUCUGUGCAAUCAAGACCUAAGCGUCUAAAACUCACCAGACUUCAAAGACACUCCCUGAUAACAGCCCCUGUCCUCGCCCUGUGCCUCUGUGACCUCCCUGCACCAGCCCUGCCUUCCUCUCUGCAAUAAACUUCAAGCAUCUGA